CCGGAGUACAACUUUGGAUCCUUGAGGAGAGCAUGUUUCUGAAUCUGAAGUCAACUUGGGACAUUACUCAGCCUUCAGGAGACGGGUGGCAUUGCUUCUUACCUAAAAGAGAGAUUGCAAGUGCGGAAUGUAUGUUGACGGUCGUUCCCGGCGACUGAAGCGAGAAAUUUGCAGUGCAGAAGUUGGACCGUCUUCCUCCAGUGAAUAACUACCACGUAUUACUCUCCUUGAGUGCCAAAGGUUCAGUAAAGUUGACAGCUAAGCAGAAAUGGAUGUAUUCGGCGGUGCACCGCGUUUCUUCGCCUAUCCAAGACCUGUUGUGGUCCAAAGUGGAACUGACGCAGUCCUAAAGUGUCAAAUUGGUGGUGAUCCAAGGCCCGCAGUCAUCUGGGAGAGAAACAAUGAAAAGAUUGACCCACAGGGUCGAUUCAGGAUCUUUGAGGAUGGAAAUGUUUACAAUCUCAUAAUUUCAGCUGUAACCAUAGAGGAUAGUGGUCAGUACAUAUGCAAAGCAAAGAACAGCAUUGGGGAAACAUAUGCAGCAGCCACAUUGAAGGUGGAAGGCGAAGCACAAGAGUUGGAGAUCCGAGAGGAAAAUAAGCCACGAUUCCUCAUCAAGCCUCUCUCCACUCGCGCCGGCCGUGGGGAAGACGCAGUUUUCUCUUGUAAGCUCUGGGGAAACCCACGACCCGACGUUGUCUGGGAAAAGGAUGGGAGAAAACUCAAUGAAAUAUUUGAAAGCACACAUUUCAGUGUGGGCUUCCAGGAUGGUGGAUGGUUCCAGCUCAAGAUCUUUAAGACUCGUGCUCCAGAUGGUGGUGUCUAUACAUGCAAAGCCAGGAAUGAGUUUGGGGAAGCCUUGGCAGGAGCUGUGUUGCUGGUUGAUGCAGGCCCAGGUCAUGAGGAAGAAGGUAAUCGAAAUGGCUACACAAAUGGCCACUGGAAAGCCCACCAAGGAAAACAGAGGAGACAAUUGCCAAACCGGCUCAAAGACGAGACAAUGUCAACUAAAGUCAAAAUGUUUGCAGUGACAGAGGGGAAACAUGCCAAAUUUCGCUGCUUUGUGACUGGGAAACCCAAACCAGAAAUCAUUUGGAGGAAAGACGGCAGACUGAUACUUUCCGGAAGGCGUUAUUUGUUAUACGAGGACAGAGAAGGAUACUUCACACUUAAGGUUCUGUACUGUAAGCAGAAGGAUAAUGGAGUUUAUGUUUGUGCUGCUUCAAAUACUGCCGGGCAAACCCUCAGUGCUGUACAUCUUUCUGUAAAGGAGCCGCCUGUGAGGUUCAAGCAGCCUCUCAUUGAUCUAGAAGUAUGGGAACGAGAUUUGGCUGUUCUUGAGUGUGAAGUUCCAGAGGACUCUGUUUCCAUCACAUGGUAUCUGGAGGAUAGACGACUGCAGCCAGGGGCCAAAUAUGGAAUGGAGGAGUGGGGAACCAAACGGCGACUGACUAUCCGUGACAUUGAUGUUGAUGAUGAUGGGAUAUACCUCUGUGAGAUGCCGGAUGGGGGCAGAAGCAUUGCAGAGGUAGCUGUAAAAGGGACAAUUUUGCGGAAGCUUCCACGAAAAGUGGAUGUAUUGGAAGGCGAAAAUGCUGCCUUUUGUGUUGAAGUGGAAAAAGAAGAAAUGGACAUACAUUGGUACAAAGAUGCCGUAGAGCUGCGUGAGACACAUCAGACCAUACUUAAAUCCUUUGGUCGAACUCACAUCCUGGUUUUUGUCAAUACAAUGCCCCAAGAUUCUGGACUUGUGACUUUCCUUGUAGGCAGAUCCAAGACAUCCUCUCAGCUAAGAGUGAAAGCGGCAAGACAUUGCCCUCCCAGUUGUCCAGUGAGUGUGCAGAUCAACACAGAGCGUGCUAAUGCAGCUCUUCUCUCGUGGGUUCCUGCUCAAGACUCACGAAAGAACCCUCCAUCUGGAUAUGUGCUUGAUCGACAGGAAGUGGGCACUGGUUCACAGGAGUGGUUACAGUGCCUGACCACUGACUCUGCAACCUCUGUGGAGAUCCUUGGGGACAGCGUACCAUGUGAAGCCGAUUAUCGAUUUCGCAUCUGCAGUGUGAACAAAUAUGGGAAGAGUAACACUGUGGAGUUCCCUAGAGCUGUUCAUUUGGUUCCAGUUGCCAGAAUCCAAGCUCCGUUACAGGAUGCCUUGGUGCCCGAGGGACAAGAUGCCCUCUUCUCUAUUGAGCUCUCUGCUUCAGUAAUCGGUACAUGGUUCUUAAAUGGUGCUCAGCUUCAGGAAGAAGAACGAUAUUCCAUGCGUCGCUCACGAACACACCAAUCUCUUCGCAUUCGAGGAGUACGUGAUACAGACAAUGGAGCUGAGAUCACAUUUAUUGCCUAUAGCAUUCGGGAUUCGGCUGCAUUGUACAUUCAAGCUCCACUUGUCAAGUUUUCACCAAUGUCAGAAAUGGAUCGAAACAAAUUUGUAGAAAUUGGAAACCCCAUUGUGCUCUACUGUGAGCUGUCAGACCCUGCAGCUCCAGUCCACUGGUACAAGAAUGGGGUGGAAUUACAAACAAUUGAGGGUCUGCAUAUCCAAUCCGAGGGUACCAUGAGAAGAAUUGUCAUCCAAUCAGCAGAAUUCUCACAUUCGGGAGUCUAUUGCUGUGAUGCCAUUGAUGACGUCAUCAGAUUCAAUGUGGAAGUAGAGGCCCCACCUGUGAGGUUUUCAGCAGUUCCAGAUGGUGAGAGGAACAAAACCAUUGAAAUCGGCUACCCUAUUGUUUUAAGCUGUGAGCUCUCAGAUCCUUCUGCCCAGGUGCACUGGUACAAAGAUGGGUCAAAGCUCCAUCCUCAAACUGGAGUAGAUAUUCUAACUGAAGGCUUGGCAAGAAAACUGAUCAUCCAUUCAGCAGAAUUUUUCCAUUCUGGAUUAUACUGCUGCAAGACAAAGGGUGACACCAUCUCGUUCAGUGUGGACAUCAAAGCUCCACCUGUGAAGUUCUCAGCAAUUCCCGAAGAACUGAGGAUGAGGUCGAUCGAAGCAGGCUGCCCUAUUGUACUCCAGUGUGUGGUGUCGGAUCCUGAGGCCCAUGUUUGCUGGUACAAGGAUGAAAUUCAGCUCAUUUCAAACUCUGGAGUAGAAAUCCAGACAGAGGGCAACACAAGGAGGUUAAUUGUUCAGUCUGCAGAGCUGAGCAACUCUGGUGUGUACAGAUGCACCACAAAGGAUGAUACCAUGGAGUUUCAAGUGGAGAUCAAAGCUAUACCAGUGACGUGCUCUACUAUCUUUGACGUUGAGAGAACCAAGUCACUUGAAGCGGGCAAACAUUUGGAGCUGGAAUGUGAGGUUGCAGACUCUACUGUGCCCGUCUGCUGGUAUAAAGAUGGCGUAAAACUCUCCCUGCAAAAUGAUUGGGAUAUACAGAGUAAAGGCACAUUGAGGAGACUCAUUAUACCAUCUGCUGAGUUCUUGCACUCAGGGCUAUACAGCUGUGAAACCUGUGAUGACACUUUUCACUUCACUGUGGAUAUCAAAGCUCCAACGUUGCGGUUGGCACCCUCACCAGAUGUUGUGGAAACACAGUCACUUGAAGCAACCAGCCCAACGGAACCAACACGUGAAUCCUCAGACACUGCUUUACUGGCGUCUUGGCAGAGGGACAAAGAACACGAUUCUAAAAAUGAGCCUGAUUUUGAAAUGGGAGACAUCAAGAAGACCCUUGUUAUUGAACCAACUCAUCCUUCAAACUCUGGAACAUACUAUUGUGCAACAGCAGAUGAUGUUGCCCAAUUAAUAGUAAACAAUCAAGCUCCACCCGUGAGAAUUACAACACUUUGUGAGGCUGAAAGGAACAAGUCUGUUGAAGUCGAUGAACCCAUAGUGCUGCAAUGUGAGAUAUCAGAUCCUACCGCUCAAGUUAAUUGGUACAAGGAUGGAAUAAAACUUCGUGAAGCAUCUGGGCAAGACAUGCUGGCGGAAGGUUCCAUAAGAACGCUGGUUUUCCAGUCAGCGAUGCUGUCUCAUGCAGGGAUUUACAGCUGCACGACAACAGACGAUGCAGUGCAGUUUCAUGUGGAUGUUAAAGCUCCACUUCUGAAGUUCUCAGCUUUAUCUGAGGGUGACCAGAAAAAGACGGUCAUGACGGGCUCUCCCAUUGCACUACAAUGUGAGCUGUCAGACCCCACUGGACAAGUCAGUUGGUACAAGGAUGGAUCAAAGCUCCUACCUCAAAAUGUAGACGUCCAGUCAGAGGGAAAUUUGAGGAGUCUAGUUGUCCCAUCAGCAGAGAGGGUUCACACUGGCAUAUACCGCUGCGAGUCAAAGGAUGAUGACAUCCAGUUUGCUGUGGAAGUAAAAGCAUUACCUUUGAAGUUCUCAGAGCUUCAAGAGAUGGACAAGAGCAAGUAUGUCCAAGAAGGUUCUCCCAUUGUCCUCAGCUGUGAACUCUCCCAUGAUCCUUCUGCCCAUGUGGAUUGGUACAAGGAUGGGACGAAACUCCUACCACAAAACAAUAUGGAACUACAGUCAGAUGGUGUAAAAAGAACUCUACUCAUAUCCUCAGCUGAACACAUACACUGUGGCACCUAUGAAUGCUCAACUUCAGAUGACACCAUCACAUUUAAAGUGGACGUAGAAGGCCGAUCGCCAAAGAUCAUGCCAAUCCCCCUGUCAGAAAAAUACAAGAUAAUUAAAAUGGGUGGUCAAAUUGUCCUUCAGUGUGAGGUCUCAGACCCAGUCGCCCAGGUUUCCUGGUUUAAAGAUGAGGUGGAGAUUUUUUGCAAAACUGGCCUUGAUAUGAAAAGAGAUGGCAGCCUGAGAAAACUAAUGAUCCAUUCUGCUAAGGUCUCUGACUCUGGCCUCUACAGCUGUAGCUUCGCUGAUGAUGUUGUGACAUUCCAGGUGGACAUUGAAGCCUCUCCUGUGCGGUUUUCAGCACUUCCAGACGUUGCAAGAAACAAAUUUGUUGAAGCAGGCUGCCCACUUAAGCUGCAGUGUGAAGUUUCAGAGCCAACUGCACAAGUCUAUUGGCACAAGGAUGGAAAACAGCUACCUCCAAAGAGUGACUGUGAAAUCCAAACAAAAGAAAAACUCAGAGCGUUGGUUAUUGCAUCAGCAGCAGUCAGACACUCUGGGCUCUACAGCUGUGAGGCUGCAGAUGACCAUAUAGAAUUCAAGGUGGAUGUUGCAGCUGUUCCAGAGACUGAGAGGAGCAAAUCUGUUGAAGCAGGCAGUCCGAUCAAUCUGCAGUGUGAUAUCUCAGACCCCACAAGCCAGACCUGCUGGUGUGAGGAUGGAAUAAAACUCUCACGGAAAUCGGGAAUAAGCAUCGAAUCAGAGGGCAAUAAGAGGACACUUAUCAAGUCUGCAACUUCUUCAUGCUCUGGAGGUUACAGUUGUAAAACUGAUGAUGAUUCAGAUUUCAACGAUUUCUAUGAGGAGGGUAAAGAGCCACCGGUAACGUUUGCUGAUAUCCCAGAGGAGGACCUUUUCAAAAGUGUUGUGGAACAAGCGCAGCUUGUUUUGUCAUGUGAAGUAUCAAGGGCUGGCGGUGUUGUCCAGUGGUACAAAGAUGGAGCUCCAGUGCAACCAUGCGACAAUAUCACAUUGCAAGCAGAGGACACCAAAAGGAAUCUGACAAUACAUGCAGCCCAACUGUCCGACACAGGCACAUACACAUGCCGUGCAGGAGACAACAUUCUAAUGUACAAGGUUAACAUACGAGAACCUCCUGUAAUGAUUAUACACCCCAAGGAAGAUGUUCACCUUGACCGUCAUGUCCCCGAGGAAAUUAUUCUGAGCUGCGAAUUGUCUCGUUCAAAUGGUGUUGUAAGCUGGUACAAAGAUGGCCAAAAGCUGCAAGAGAGUGAGAACAUCAAGCUCAAGAUUGAAGGCCCUUAUCGACGACUGAAGAUCAUUUCUAGUGGAGUUGAAGAUUCUGGAGAAUACGUCUGUGACACUGCCGAUGCUUCAAUAUUCUUUCAUCUUAGUAUUACAGAACCCCCAGUGCGGAUUGUUUCCCCGAGUCAGUCUCAAAUGGAACUGUGCCAACAGACCUCUGAGAGGAUGGUAUUGAGCUGUGAGAUCUCACGGCCGAAUGCAGCAGUACGCUGGUAUCGAGACGGCCUUGAAGUGGAGGAGAAUGAGAACCUUAUCCUUGAAGUGGAUGGUGUCUACAGAAGACUUAUUAUACCAGAAACUACUGUCCAAGAUUCUGCCGAAUAUGUCUGUGACACUGCAGAUGACUCAAUGACAUUCUUUGUGAACAUAGCAGAGCCUCCUGUUCGCUUUGUACGUCUGAGGAAGAUGGCAGGCAGAGUAGACAAAGCGGUUGGGGAGAAUCUGGUUCUAGACUGCGAGGUUUCAAGAUCAAAUGCUGAAGUCACCUGGAAGAAGAAUGGGGAAGAAGUAGAAGACUCCAGAAAUAUCACCAUCCUUGAGGAUGGUGUCAUGCGUCAGUUAACUGUUCACUCACUAACAAUGGAAGAUGCUGGCCAAUAUGUCUGCGAUGCAAAGGAUGAUGUGAUGGAUUUCCAUGUAGAAGUGCAAGAAUUGCCUGUAAAAAUUCUUGGAAAAACGGACGCAAAAACAGAAAAGCAGUUCUUGGUAUCAGAUGACAUUAUUCUAGUGUGUGAACUAUCAAGAUCGAAUGCCUCAGUCAGUUGGUACAAAGAUAAUCAGCUUAUUGAUGACACCGAGCGAUACUGUAGCGAAGAGCAAGGGGUUUUCCGCUCACUGGUUGUCAUUAAUGCUGGACUCGAAGAUUCAGGAGAGUACACCUGUGAUGCAGUGGAUGAUAAGAUGGUCUUUUAUAUCACUGUCAAAGAGCCUCAAGUAUCAAUCAUCGGAAACUCGGGCCACCCAGAGCAUCAUAUGCUGGUAGAAGGAGAUGACCUUAUUUUGGAGUGUGAAGUGUCUCGGCCAAACGCCACCGUCCAGUGGGUAUGGAAUGGCGAGAUGCUGAAACCAGACACUCGUAUAAAAAUUGAGAGCCAUGGUGUUGUACGGAAGCUUGUUCUCAUUGGACUCCAGCCCUCAGACUCUGGAGAAUACAUUUGUGAUGCCAUGGAUGACAAAUUGACAACGAUUGUUGAGGUUCAAGAGCUACCAGUCAAGUUUGAGAAUAAAGAAUCAGAUAGUAACAUCACAGCCUAUGAAAAUGAGAGUGUUACGCUGUGUGCCACUGUGAGUCGAGAAAUAACUAAUGUUCGGUGGCUGAAAGAUGGCCAACUAUUGAACAGGGACAACAUUCACAUCUCCAGUGAGUGUAAUACCUACAAGCUCACCAUUAAUCCCCUGCAGCUGUCAGAUUCUGGAGAAUAUGUCUGUGACAUUAACACAGAUCAGAUGCAGUUCAGUCUUUUAGUCAAAGAAAUGAAGGUGAAAUUUACCAAACCAUUGGAGAACAUUGUGUCUCUGAAAGGUAGUAUACUAAUAUUACGAUGUGAGAUCAGCAAGCCUAAAGGAGAUGUCCAGUGGCUUAAAGAUGGUCACGAGAUCUCUCCAAGCCGUCGGCACACAAUAAGGGCACAAGGUCGAGAGCGAAGCUUUACCAUCCACCAACUAGAGGAAGAAGAUGCUGGAGAAUAUGCCUGUGAAUCCACAGAUGACAGGACCUCAGCUACUGUAAAUGUAGAAACUCCCCGUGUUGUUGAGUUCAUUGCAGAGCUUCGUAACAUCACGGUCCGUGAAGGAGAAGAUGCAGUAUUUAAAUGUGUGGUUUCACCAGAGGACACUCGUUUAGUGUGGCGCCUAAAAGGCAAGCAAGUUUCUCCAAAUGAGCGCACUGUCAUUUCAAGUAACGGACUAUGCCACAUGCUCUGCAUCCACAACUGCAUGGUAUCAGAUAGCGGCAGAGUAACAGCUGAUGCAGAGGGGACAGUUUCAGAGGCAGAACUCCAGAUCCAAGAGCAACAGGUGCUGUUCACCAAGAAAAUGAUGCCAGUUGUCGCUGAAGAGUACAGUGAGGCAACUCUAGAGGUGGAGGUGAGUCUGGAUUCGGGAGAGGUGCAGUGGAUGAGGCAAGGGGUACUGAUCCAUCCUGGAGCCAAGAAUACCCUGAAACACAAGGGCCGCAAACACAGUCUCACCAUCCACAGACUUGCCAUGUCUGACCGGGGAACCUACAGCUGUGAGACCCUCCACGACCGCACACAAGCCCAGCUCACAGUGGAACCUCGAAAGAUCACAAUCAAGAGAGGGCUGACCGACAUUAAAACAAUAGAGAGAGAAACGGCCUCUUUUGAGGUGGAGCUGUCCCAUUCCAAUGUUCCCGGCACCUGGAUGAGAAACGCAAUCAAACUUAAGCCGACAAAUCACUAUCGUAUGAGUGCCAAAGGACAGGUCCACAGCCUCACCAUCUAUAACCUAUCGGUGGAAGACACUGGCACCUUUACGUUCUCUAUAGAGAAUUUGAAGACGACAGCAAGGCUUGCUGUGAAGGAGCCCCAAGUGACCAUUUUCAAAAAACUGGAAGACCAGAAAUUCCCUGACGGGGCAGUAAUCUCUAUUGAGUGUGAACUGUCAAGACACAACGUUGAUGUGAAGUGGAUGAAGAAUGGGGUCGAGGUAAAGCCAGGCAAGGACUUGCGCAUUUACGCAAUGGGAAGAAAACGGUUUCUUCAGAUCAUGAAAUGUCACGUCAGUGAUUCUGGCAUUUACACCUGCGAUGCUGGAGAGGCUACUACAUCCUGCACUGUGGAGGUUUAUGAGCGUGAGCUGCUGAUCCUGCAGCGCCUAAAGGACCUGGACAUCCAGGAAGACCAGAACGCCGUGUUUGUUUGUGAGAUCUCAGUGGAGGACCUGCCAGGAGAAUGGUACAAAAAUGGGGAGAGGAUUCAACCAACCAGCACCAUCAAGAUCCGGCAGGAGGGGACCAAACAUUUUCUUCUGAUGUGCAAUGUGAAAGCAGAGGACUCUGGAGAGAUCAAGUUUGUCACACGACACAUUGAAUCUGUUGCCCGCCUGGGGGUGGAAGAGCUUCCUGUCAACAUUGUGAAACCUUUAGAGGAUACGACUGCCCUGGAGAAGACGCGUGUUCUGCUCGACUGCACCGUGUCCAACCCCAGAUGCAGCAUCCGCUGGUACAAAGGCAGCAACGUCAUCCUGCCCUCCGAACGCUUCGAGAUCUGCAGCGAGGGCUGCUACCGCAAACUCAUCAUGCAGCAGGUGGCGCUGGAUGAUGCAGGCACGUACAGUGUGCAGGUUGGAGAGUACACAUGCUCUGCAAAACUCACAGUGGAGGCCCAGCCACAGUUACUGGUCAGAGAGUUGCAGGAUGUGGAGGUCGUUGCCCCCGGAGAGGCCUACUUUGAGUGUGAGGUCUCCGUACCCAUCCUCAAAGCCCCGCUGUGGACUCUGAGUGGGGAGCCGUUACUGCCGAGCUCUACGGUCCUGCUGGAGAAGAUGGGCACGGUGCACAGGCUGACCCUCAGACACACCUCCCCCAGCAUGGAGGGAGAGGUGGAGUUCACCUCUGAGAAAGCAAAGAGCAGAGCCCAGCUGCGGGUUCUGAGUGAGCCGUGAGGGACUUCUUCUAUCUUUCAUCACUGUAAUGACAUGGAUUGAAUAUUAUUAAAUGCUUUUAACGUUGUAACAUUGACAUUUACUUAUAUAUUUAACAACAGUAUGUCUAUACAAUUGGUUUAAACAGGGUUGUGAUGGAUUUUCAUGAAGCUUUCAGUUAAUUCAGGGUGUGGAUUUUAUUUAAGUAAUUGUUGUCUUUAUUACAUUUUUGUUCAUAUAAAACGUGUCGUAGUAAAGUGUGUGAAUACACUUUAAACAGUACCUUUAUCAUAAUAGAAACUGCAGUUAGGAUGUAAAUAUUGUCCCAUGUUAUAUAGGUUUAAUUGUGUUGUUUUACUGAGAAAUAUUGAAUUGUAUUAUAUGUAUUGUAAGAAUAAAUAGAAGGAUGGGAGGAUGGAUAUUCUAAGUGAAGAGCUCUACAUGUUUUUGAUGAAAUAUCUAAAAUUGUAUAAUCAUCUUUGUGAUACACACACCUAAAGUGCAUGUGGUCCAUGCAUUUUGAGAUAUUUGCCAUUUUUGAAAUGAACUUAUGUUUUUGUUUCAGAGGCGAUUCUGGUCCUUUGACACAUCUAUAACCAUAGUUUAUUAUGAAAUAUCAUCUGAUUUGCUCUCAGUGUAUAUAAUAUACUUCAAUAGUGUUGUGUGGCUGUUUUGACAGAGACCCAGAUUUUAAGUCUUCAGUAUUACCACAUAAGAAACCCAAAGUUAGUAUAUUUAUUCAUAAUUCAUUUAGAUUUUAAAAACAGAUUCUCAGAAUAGGGAAGAGGAUUAGGGCCACAUGUUAAACCUAUUUUAAAAUCUAACAAAAAGUGAUUUUUUUUCCUGAAGUUCUGCGAUUAAAGUCAGAUUUCGGAGGAACAAUUGUUAGAUUAUUUCAAUUUUUAUUUCCUGGGAGAAUGUUUUUUUUUCUAAAAAUGCUGACUUUAAUCUCAAUACUGACUUUAAUCUCAGGAUUCUGACUUUAAUCUCAGGAUUCUGACUUUAAUCUCAGGAUUCUGACUUUUUUUCUCAAAAUCCUGAUUUUUCUUCUAAUUCUAAAAAUAAAUGAACUUUUGUCAGAUCCCCCAAAAAUGUCAAGUUGUCCUAAUUCUCUCCAGUGGGAUCCAUUAAAUAAAACAUCUCUUUCAUCGUUUAUAAAUUGUAUACAAAUCGUUUUUUAAUGUUUUGAUGAAAAGUUCGAAUGAAGAGGAUUUUGUCACGCAGCAAGGGGCUUGUAAUGUAAAUACAUUGGGCCAAAGAUGAGGUAAUUUAGAACAUAAAUAGUUAAACAAAUUACUUGAUAACCUUGACUGUUAAUCAGGGAAUGCUGAUUUUAUUAUGGAGUGGGUAUAAUACUUCAACUUAACUGAGAAUGAUAGCUGUUUUCAUAUAAAAUAUGUUCCAUAUUCCAUUUGCCUUGUUUCCACCUCUGCCAUGUCGUGUUUGGGAUGUAAGAAAAAAAAAAAAACUACUGUGGUGAAAUAUGACCUGUUUCAAUAAAACAUGCUUUAUUGAUGCAAGGUAAAAA